AUGAAACCUCUAAUUUUAGUCCUCACGCUUUGCAUCAUCGCUGUUUUCUCACAAGCAGCAACCCCCAUACACACUCAACCUCAACCCAAUGAAUCUUUCAAGGUCAACCAAACCAAGCCACUGAACAAGGCUAGUUCCUGUACUUAUACAGUGACCAUCAAAACAAGCUGCAGUUCUCCCUCGUACACCAGAGAUCAGAUUAGUCUUGCAUUUGGUGAUGCUUAUGGCUAUCAGGUUUAUGUGCCAAGAUUAGAUGACCCUCGUUCAGGGACAUUCGAGCGGUGUUCUACGGAUACAUUUAACAUAUACGGUCCAUGUACGUAUCAAACAUGUUAUCUGUAUCUAUACAGGAGUGGAUACGAUGGUUGGAUUCCAGAGAAAGUGACUGUCUACAGCCAUAACUACAAUCCUGUUACAUUUUACUACAAUACUUACAUACCCAAUGGUAUUUGGUAUGGCUUUGACUACUGUCGCGGUUAUUUGCCUUCUACUGCAGCAGAAUAG